UAAACAAAAUAUUUACUCCAUAUUCACUCAUCUUGGUGGCAGAAAAAUGAAGAUUAUGGCCCAAGAGGGCGAAUACUUCAAUAUAGGAAGUAUUGUGUCGUGUACGACAUGUUACAAUCAAAAAUUGCAAGGGGAAGUUUUAGCUUUCGAUGUAGAAAGCAAAAUGCUUGCAAUCAAAUCAUCUUCUGCCAGUGGUAAACACAAUGUCCAUGAUGUUCGCAUGGUAAAUCUGAAUUAUUGUAGUGAAGUAAAAGUUGUAAAAGAAUCUGAUGACCCUCCACCUGCACUGUCUAACUUGAAUUUACAGAAGUUGAAUAACAGAUUAAAUGCAAGUAAAGAAGAGAAACGGAAACGCAUUAACUACAUUGGUAUUGGUGUUUCUGAUGAAGCACAAAAAGUGUUUAACGCUAUUGUUAAAACGUUGACAGAGUCCAGAUGGGAAGGUAAAAAUAUAAUUGUGAUGGAAGAAGUGACUAUACGACCUCCUUAUGGUGUAGAUGAUUGCCAAGGAAAACAAGGAAGUCAAGUACUCAAUCAUGUUAGAAAAAUAAUACAAAAGCAUGUAGCUGACGAAGCUCAGAGAGAUCAAAGAAAAUCUAUGUCGCCAUCCACAGUUACCAGUCUCAAAUCAUGAACAAAGGGAAAUGACUUUCGUUAAAUUGACUCAUUUGUAAUGAACAAGGUUUUGAUAAUUUGAAACAUAACAUUUAUCAGCAUUUUUUAUAAAAACCUUGUUUAUAACAAAAAAUCACAAAUAAAAGUGGAAUUGCCUUAAUUUAUAUAUGAGGAUAAAAUAUUUAAACCAAUGAAACAAAGCAAUUAUUUUUAUUUGAAUGAUGAUUAUUACUUUGACAACAAAAAAAAUUGGUUUUAACACAUUUAUGGAACAUCUUUGUUUAUGCAAUUUAAAGAUUUGUAAAAUUUAAUAUUGUUCUAAUACAAUGCUAAAAGAGUUCAAUUUUACAUUGUUGUAAUACUUCAAUGUUUAUUAGAAAUAAGAUCAUUUUUAGAGGAGAAAAAUUGAAAACAGUUUUAAGUUUUAUAGGAAUUUUCCCUCCAAAAGAUUUUUUCAGAAAAGUAUUGUUAACUGAAGUGUUUCUAAGUUACUGUGACUCUGUGUACACUUUCAAACAGGUAAAACCUGUGGGAGUACUUGUUUCAGUCUAAAAGAUCUGACAGAAAAUAACAGGACCUUUUUCUCGAAACAAGUAUGACAAAAUCUUCAGUCUUCAUGCUAAAACUGCUCAGGCAUUAUCCUUUUAAAGUUGAAUGAAUUUAAACCAAUGAAAUUUACCUAUCAGACUAUCUCACUUCAACCCACACUUGAUCUUAGAAAUGCUUUUCUUGAAAUUUGACUAAAAUAAAGAAUACAAGCUUUUCGUAAGAUAUUAUAAGUCAUUUAAUGAUUUUAAAUAAUAUUGAUACAAACUUUUGUUAAUCUUAGAAAAAAAAUUAAGGCUUAGAGCUUAUUUUCUGGGGUAAACAGAUCUUGCAUCCGCUAUAAAUUAUUUUCAUGAUAAGAAACAUAUGUAUGUAAAAAUAUGUUGAAAAUGUUUAUUUCAUGACUUUGAGAUAUUAUUUAGUUAGGAGUUCAGAGUAGAUAUUUCAAUGACUUUUGGGUUAAUGAUAAAAGUUUCUAUUUUGAACCAAUCUUAAAUCAUGUUUUUUAAAUGAUUUAACAGCUGAUUGUAAUUAAUUGGGAAUUUAUUCCUCAAAAUUAAGAAUAAAUCUGGAUCAAAGGCUUUUAUCUUAAAAAAAAAAUAAAUCACAUACAACUAAAUCUUAAAUCAUAUUGAUGCAGUUUUAUAUUUAUCAAUAUAAGUUGUGAGAGUAAUUUGAAAUGCAACAUAUUUUGGAAUUAGUUUACCCUAAAAACAAAAAAAAAGGAUGCUAGGAAAGACAAA